AUGGCGGAAACUGCCAUUCAACUACCCUACCUAUCCUCUCACUAUGCGCUUCCCGAAUCGACGCUCACGACCUUAAGGCAGGCCCCGACUGUGGAGCUUGUCAAUCAACUUUUAGAAUCAAUCAAUAAAAAGGCUCAUGAAUUUGACGAGCUUAAGUCCGACAAGCUUCGCUUGGAGGUAGAGCUUGAGAAUUCUGUGCGCAGCAAUGAGUCGAAGGUCAAGGUUCUGAAAGCCAGUGUGGAGAAGGGACACGCGGAGGUCGCAGAUCUGAGGAAAAAGCUGCACGAAGCUGAAACUACCCGUUCCUCACUCGAAACAGAGAUCUCUACACUGAAAUCCUCGUCCACGUCUAAUGAAUCCGAAACCACAUCUUUGAAGGCGCGUAUCGCAUCUCUGGAGGCAUCCAACAGAGACACACUGGGCUUGCUCGAAUCGAAAUCUGCGGCCUAUGAUAAAUUGGCAGAGGAGCUUUCGCUCCAGCACAAGAAGACCAUCGAAUUACGACGUGAACUCUCCACCGCGGAGCAAAGUCUCCAGAGUGCCAAUGCGGCCUCUGCUAGCGCCCGCUUCCGCGAGCAGAGUCUUCAACAAGAACUGGAUCUCACCAAAAAGAACAACGAAUGGUUCGAGACCGAACUUAAGACAAAAUCCGCUGAAUACAUCAAGUUCCGCAAAGAAAAGGGAGCUCGGAUCUCGGAGCUUCAGCGUGACACUGAAGAAGCAAACUCGACAAUUGACUCUCUUCGACGAAGUGAGAACUCCCUCAAGAGUCGCCUGGACGAAACAGAGCAGCGAUACGAAACCUCUCUGGCUAGCAUUCAUCAGUUGAAGGAGGAAGCCAUCCAGGCAACCGAGUCAUUCCGCAUCGAACUUGACAGCUCCAAUCGAUUGGCCGAGCUACAAGGAUCUGCUGCCCAGACCGCCAAGCAACGGGUGCAAGAAUGCCAACUUGCUCUCGAAAAGACAAAGGAUGAUGCAGCGCAGGAAAUCUCACGUCUCCGUGUGGAGCUUGAGACGGAGUCCAACGAUAAGGGAGCUGCGGAGCGCCGAAUUGGCGAGCUCGAGGCACUUGUUGCCCAGCUUGAGUCCGAACCUGCCAGAGGAAGAUCAGCAAGCCCCGCUGUCUCUAUUAAUGGAGGUGCACCCAGUACACCUCUACGAUCAAGUAUCAUGCGUGCUGGCACUCCCACUGGCUCGUUCUCCCCCGCGCAUCUCGCGGUAAGGGUGGUAUGA